AAAACAUCUCUAUUCACAAACAUGUCUGCUCCUGCUCCUGCUCCUGCUGCCAGUCGGAUUCUUCUUCAAUCCCUCUUCCUCCUCUUCUUCUUCCUUCUCCUUAAUCCAAUUCCAUUUCUCCAUGCAAAUGAGCCGGUGGCGGAGGAAUCGAUGCUGCCGUUGAUAGAGCCCGGAAAAGGAGAAAUGAUGCGUCUGGUAUUAAACGAUACGCGGCGGAAGCUCGGUGGUUUCCAGAUUUGUUCACUUUGCACUUGCUGCAACGCCGGCGGCGGCGGUGGCGGUGGCGGUGGCGGUGGCGGUAAAUAUUGCUUACCUUCUCCUUGUUGUUAUGCAAUCAACUGCAACAUCCCAAAUCGGCCGUUUGGAUUCUGCUCCUUCACUCCAAAGACAUGUAACUGCUUUGGAUGCCAUCUUUGAUCAAAACCCCAAAAUCUAUUUGAUUUUUUGUGAUAAUUUUGGUUUGAAAUUUAGGGGUUUUUGGUUGUGUGAAUGGGAAUUUUCUAUUUAUUUAUUAUUAAUUAGUAGGAUAAUUUACUAUUUAUAAAUUAUUGUUUGCAUUUGAUUAUGUUUUGUUGGAGGAAUUGAUUAAAGAAAUCUUGGCUGGAUUCAA